AUGAUUGUACCGCCUUCCCCAUUGAAUAAAAGAAGAAAGGAGACUACUGAAGCGCAGCGGGCGAAGGUAAUCACCCUCUACGAGGUUGGUUUGACCUAUAACGAGAUUGAGGAACGAACAGGAGUGAAGAGAAGUACCUGCUGGAAUAUAGUUAAGAGAGAUAAAGAUAGACAGAAACCAGGAAGCCUUACCCCAUAUACUGCUAGCGCACCUCGAUCGGGCAGGCCUGAAAAAUUGAAUAAGCGAGAGAAGAGAAAUCUCAUAUCCUUAGCUAAGCGAAGUCGGCGCAUGCACCUCGGUGUUCUCACUAAAAGCAUCACCACAAAAGUUUCCAUGAAGACCGCCCGAAAAUAUCUGAAACAGGGAGGUCUGCAUAAGCGACGUGCAAAACGCAAGCCGUUUCUCACCAAAUUACACAAACUCAAGCUGGAUGAAGUCGAUAGUGAGGAGUGUCUCCUACCUUCGUUCAAGAGUGGUAGAACAUCAAUCAUGAUUUGGGGAAGUAUUCAGCUAGGAAAUAAAGGCCCUAUGGUCAUCCUCCCAAACGGCGGAUUAAAAGGUAAAGACUAUGUGGAAUUGAUCAUUGAGCCCGCUCUCAAACCAUUUUAUCAAAGCCGGUACCGGGCCACUCAUGAGGCAAUAGUAAUGGAGGAUGGAGCACCACCUCACAAGUCAAAACUUGCCUCAGCAGCCAGAAACAAAUAUAAUAUCCAGAAAAUGCCAUGGCCUGCACAGUCACCAGACCUCAACCCCAUUGAAAAGCUGUGGCGGAUCAUGAAGUCUCGAAUCAACAAAAGAGAACCAAGAGUGACAACUCAUGAAGCUCUUAGUAAGGCUUUGCAGGAAGAGUGGGACCGGUUUGUAGCGGAAGACUUUCGGAAACUGAUAGAGAGUAUACCCAAAAGAGUCAAGAUGUGUCUUAAAAACAGAGGGGGGUCAAUUCCGUACUGA